AUGUCUUCGGGUAAUGGUGAUUAUGCUUCGAGGCAAUGGAUGUAUGCAAGAAUUGAUUCAACGAGCAAUCAACUAUCAGAUGCUUUCAUUGAAGGAUUGAAAGAGUUUAUAGAUUUUGCUAAAAACCAUGUGAUGUUUGUUCAGAAGAAGAAAAUGUUUUGCCCAUGCACGAAGUGUGAGAACAGAAAGUUUCUCUCUGACGAUACUGUUGCUGGUCAUUUAUAUAAUAGAGGGUUUAUGCCAAGCUAUUUUGUUUGGGUUGCGCAUGGAGAACACUAUAAUAUUGACAAUCAACCACGUCAAACUCAGGAAAAUACAAGCAUGCCAAAUGAUGUUCCCAUGCCUGUUCCAAACCCUUAUACAGAGAUGGUAACUGAUGCUUUUGGUGAGGGUAUGUCGUCCAACCCAAACAUGGAAGAAGAACCCAAUGAAGAGGCAAAAAGAUUUUUCAAUCUACUAAGAGCAAGUCAGAAUGCAUUAUAUGAUGGAUGUCGAGAAGAGCUUUCACAGUUGUCAUUAGCGUCUCGAUGUAUGGCUCUAAAGACAGAUUAUAAUUUAUCAGAGAAAUGCAUGGAUUCUAUUUCUAAAAUGAUGAGGGACUACAUGCCUGAAAAUAGCAAUGCCACCGCUUCAUACUAUGAGACCAAAAAAUUGAUGAGAUCUUUGGGUUUGCCUUACAUGAAGAUUGAUGUGUGUUAG